AUGGUGGAGUUCGCGCAGCGAGAGCCGCAGGAGAAGCGUGGCACUACCCAGACGACCAUCUACUUGGUUCGAACGAUCGGAUCCAUAGUGGCCACGGCCGUCGUCGGUAUCGGAAUGAACGGCAAGGAGUACAACGGCACUUUUGAUUUCACUUUGCGCUUCAACCAGGUCAUGCUCAUCUUUGCCGCCCCGGCAGGGCUCAUGAUCCCAGUGUCGUGGUUCCUGGUUAAGGACACUCCCGUCCAGCAGGGCCAGCGCCGGUCCCUGCGGCAGUACCUGCGCCAGGCCUGGGCAUUGAUGACGCACAAGGUGAUGUGGAACUUCUGGGAAGCGGUGAUCGGCCGCAUUAACACCACAGCCUCGGGAUUGGUGAAGAGUGAAUGGGCCGGCGUCAAGAAUUUCCAGAAUCAGCUCUUUAGCCUCGUGUCGCUGAUGGUGUUCUCCUAUGGCCUCCACAUUGUGAAGAAGCACCUUCUUCACUGCAGCUGGCGCAAGAUGCUUCUGGGCACGGGUAUCUUCUUGAACGUGAUGGAUGGAACCUUGGCAUUGCUGACCACCUACGACAUUGUACGAAACCAGUACUUCUACCUGGGCGAGCAGAUCCUGGAUGAUAUACCAGCAGCGGCGAACUUCGUCAUCGGCACUUUCAUCGUCGUCGAGCUGGCGGACCAGGCGGGAUUUACUCGCGAUUCGCCGCACCGGGCCAGUUGGGAGCAGUCGACUCCCCCAGCAUGA